CUUACGUCACUUCCGCUGUCCGAAUUGUCCGGAAUGAAAUAAUGAGAUGACUAUUUGGGAGAUGUUUGCCUCACUUCAAAGGCACCAGCUGUUGGAUUGAGCUGUUAUUUCACUUCCACUGACUUUAACUCUCCAAAGGCAGGAUGUCUUUCUCCUCCUCCUUCGGGACGCAGGUCGCAGCCAUCAUGGACGUGUUGGCUAACGCUGCGGUGGCUGAAAUAACAAAGCUGGUGGAGGACGGGACUGUGGUGCUGCGCCUGGAGAUGUGUCGGAGAGACAGUGAGAUUCAGGAGCUCAAAAGAAGUUUAGAGCUGAUGGAGGGAGAGCUUUGCAAAGCUCGGGAAGAAGCCAAGACUCGAGCUCCAGAGGAGGAACAGAAGCAAACAGAAGCAGGGAGCCAGGCCCCUUGUAAAGAUGAAAGAGGCGAUCAGGAAACCUUUGCAGAGUACGUGGAGCCAAAGGCUGCUGAUUCUCUCUGUGAGCCUCAACAUGCAGCAGAGGAGAGCCAUGACACAAGGGCAGUGGUCAAACAAGAGCCGGCAGUACUUGAACUAGCCACCCAGGUGCAAACGGACAACAUGGCAACAACAGAUAUUUGCUUUGAGCAGGAUGACCUGAUCUGGCCUCCUCCUGUUUGUAGCUUGUUUGAUGAUAACUCUGAUGCAAUGCAGGAGCAAACACACAUGUUCCCCCCUCUCUCUGAGCAGUAUGACAAAACAUAUGCAGAGGAAAUCACAGUGGAUUCUUUAAAUGUGCAGAUAAAAGAUGAGGUAGAGAGUCGACUUGUGUGCAUGGGAAAUAACACUUCAGAGCUUGUUCAAAAAGAACAGUUCAAACAGACUUCACACCCUCUUCAUCAGGAGCAGUGCUCACAGCCUGCUUCACAACAAGCUGGGCCAUCUCUCCUCUCUCUUAAUGCACAGAGGCAAACCGCAAACAGGUUAGGAGCACACACAGAGGAUCACAUCCUCAGUAGGAAGAACCAGAGAAUGAAAAGAAUAAUGAGUCUCUCAAGAGCCAACCAGAAACUGUUCACCUGCUCGGUCUGUAACAAAGGUUUCAUCCGUAUGUCUCAACUGGAGGAGCACAGGGCCACACACCAACCUUUAAAACCAUACAGGUGCCUCGAGUGUGGGAAAUCUUUCACCCAGAAACGCCGGCUUCAGACGCACCAAAGCGUUCACACGGGGGAGAGGCCGUUCAGCUGCAAGAUUUGUGGUAAGAUGUUCUCGAGGCCGGACAACUGCCGGAGACACGAGAGGUUCCACAGCGGGCUGAAGCCGUACGGCUGUGGGCAGUGUGGUAAAAACUUCACCGUGCUGGGAAACCUCAGAAUGCAUCAAGAGAUCCACCGGAAGGGGAGGUAGCAUUCUGACGCUGGGGCUCAAAACCUCACAUGUUAAAGAUUUUCCUUGAACUCUUACUUGUCAUGACAUUUGACUUUUAAAGCAUUUAACGCCAUCUUCGAAUUUCUACCACACAAUAUGACGAGGAAAAGACGAUUUUAAACAUUGUUUUAUUCUUACCUGUGUACUGCAGGGAUGUGUUUGCGGUCCUAACUUGUUUUCACAUUUCCUGAAGAAGUACCAUUCUUAUCUUGCAGGACUUGGCUAUUUAUUUUUAACAUCUUUAUUUUAAGAACUAUCAUCUGAGUCUGUUAACGUGGCUUCUAAUCAAAGACUUGGGACUUCUGUCGUGUGAAAUUAAACUGCCAGUUCAUAAUUGCUGUUAAAUAAUAACAAAAUCUGAAACACAUAUUUAAGAAAUAAUUUUAAGACAGUUUGUUCAGCAAAAUUAGUUCAAGUUAAAUACACUUGAAGGAUAAAAAUGAUAACAAAGUCUCAUGGAGUGAUAUAAUUGUACACGUUAAAAGCCAGUAGAAUAAAGGUUGUGAGUAAGGAUAACAACUGUAGUAUAAUUGUUAUGAAUAAAUCAGUGAUAAAAGACAGAUAUGUAAUUGCAAGAUAUUUAUAAUGUCAUCCAGCUACACCAUAAACCUGCAAUAUUUGCCAUUAUAAAAUGCAUACUGGCCAGUCCAGCAUUACAGACCUGCAGCGACACACUCAGUUUUAUCAUCAUUUUCUGCUCUGAGGUAUUUCUGUGCCUAAGAAAGUUUCUGGUAGCGUUCCCCUCAUUGGUAAUUAAACUGAUGUUUCUGCCUUCAUGUGUUUUUAAAGACUUUCCAGCUCUAACUAUCAGUAUGUGUUUAUUCUAAAGUCAAUUGGUACGUCUUAUUUAAGUGAUUUUUUUUUUCAGCUCAUCAUGUGGUAUUCAGUGUAGACAGGCUGUGGGUCUAUAAACAGAUUUAUUGUGAUUUUUAUAUUUGCACUACAUUAGAAUCUGUGUCUGUUUUCCUCAUGCAUCUUAGCUUCAAUCUUUUAUCUGAAUUUCUAACUGUUGAGGUUAAUGAAUAUUAGAAGACUUUUUUUGUUCGGAGUCAAAAGGAUUUUAAAAAUGAUAAAGAAUUAAACAAAACUUGCUGAUUGUCAAAUUAUAUCGUAUUUUAAUGUGUGGGGUGUUUUCAUACAUAUAGCAGAAACUUUCAGUUUCACAAUACUUUUAUUAAGGGUGGACAGAAAUGAAAAUUUCCUUUGUAAACAAUAAAUAAUUGUAUUUAUUUGAA